AUAUACGCGACACGCGGGAAGCGAGCGGACUUGUAUGGCGGGCCGGCACAUGGUUGGGGCCCUAAAGAAAACUCAACUGUUUAGUUGUUCGCCUGUUGUCAAGGAUACCGGUCGGGUUAGUCGAACACGGACGGACCAACCAAACGUCGUUGCGGACGGUUGCCCCAGUAACGGAAAACUGCAAACAGUAGUUGUUCGAAUUUGCCUCCGUGUUAUGUUGUGGGCUGUGGACUAUUCCGUUUUCCCCAGUCCCCAGUUUCCCUCCGCGCGAAACGCCGGUUUCAAGUUUUCCAUUGGAGGAGACCGUCGUGGUCGAGGUUAUGGUGUGUUUGUGACUGUGUGUUUGUGUGCGUAAAACACAACCGGGUGAUCCUACGAGCAUGUGUGUUUUCUAGCAGACAGUGUGCCCUGUAUGUACCAGACCCGAAAAGGUGACUUAAACCCGAGCAAAGGUUGUGUAGUGUGGUCCCUGUUCCGUACACACCAAACAGCUACGUCCUUAUCAUGCAUCCCACGUUCUAGAGGUCGAUUGAACUAGGUACACCGUUCGAACUGAGUGGAUCAUUCCGUGCUGCGAAGUGUUAAGAUUUGGUAGGCACCGGAUUUACUAGUAACCAUAAACCGCGGUACCGCGGGUGUAACGAACGGUAAGGGUGAAGAGUGACCGUUGUGAGGUGCGGCGCGCGGUGUACCGAAACAUUGGUAGAUUCUGGCGUGCAGGACCCUUGCGACGGGUUUGAUCCGCAGUCAAGCAAUCAGUCGGUGACCGAAGGUCUACCAGAGCCUACACGGCCUACCAGUGCGUGUGCAGUACCAGUAGAACGAGGGUCACACAUCAACCAGCAGCUCCAGCAGACCAGUUACAGAACGGUUUUCUUACCAGGGACUUACCGAACUUGUGAAGUGAUGUCGUCUAGCGUAAUGAUCACCGAAUAUCGCCCAGCAGAGGAAAUCAAAACCAUCGCUCGGUUGUAACAAAAAUAACACAAAACAAAAAAACAGUGUGACUAAGAACGAGAUCUUCCAGUUUCCAGUAGUAACAGUAGUAACUUCAGUUGUGGAGCACGCGUGUAACGAAUUAAAUCAGUUAACGGAAGUUAAGCUAGUUUCCAGUGUUGGUGAAGUUCACAUAACAGUAGUGCCGCGAGUUCUAACAGUUUUUACAAAUAUAUACACACGCAAAAAACCAAGGAACCACCAAUAAGUUCCGAGUGGUGUCUACCGUUAAGUCAAAGUCACGGUGAUGUGAUUACUGACAGCAAGGAUAAGGUGUGCGGAUAAGUGCAGCCCAACGAACAUGGCACCCCAAAACUCGACCCUGAUACACGACGACUCUGCCGGAGUCUCCACAACCGUGCCCACCUCGGCAGAGGAGCUGAGCAACUUCAGUCCCAUCCUACCGCCAAGGAACCAUCAUCACCAUCACCAUCAUCACCAUCAUCACCACCACCGUACCCAACAGCGCCAAAGCCAUCAACCACCGUUUGACGAGGACAACGAUGGUGUCCCGUUUGUUACGAGCACCCUAGACGAAGCUGCCGGUGACGAGAGGCAAACGCUGAGCACGAAACCUACCACCAACACUGGCAACGAUGUUGCUGGAGCCAAAUCCACUACAACCACCACCAGCACCAACAGCACGACGACAUUGGCAGGCAACGUUGCAUCCACAUCGAGGGUUGGCAGUUUCCGGGCAGCGGGAAUGAUGGCGGACCGGGAGUUGCAAUCGCUGCCGGCCGGCUGGUCAGGAUGUGAGACGAUACCGGAACCAGGCGGUCCCAGAACGUGCGGUACCGGGCGAGGUACCGUGAAGCGUGAGCUGCUCAAAUCCAUUCCCUACCAUAGCCACACGCACGAAGUAAAGCAAUAUGCCGAAAGUCUCGAAACGGACAGCAACGGAACCGACGACACAGACGAUGCAUACGACGGUACACCGGAGCCGCCGAAAGCUGAAACUCCACAAACGUCCACGGAACCGGAUCCGUCCGUCACCGAUAUUGAAAUACCGAUCUGGAUACGGGGCGAGGCUCGGUUUGUGUCCGGCAUUAAUGGUACGACCACGUGCAGCAACAUUAUCCGGGCCCUGAUCGACGACGAAAUCCAGAACGGAAACUAUGGGCCGGAAGAUGUCGCAGUGUCGCGUGACGUGAGCGAUUACGUGAUAAUAGAACGAUGGCGUGAGGUCGAACAGGUCCUGACUGGCGACACACGAAUCCUGUCGAUCUGGAACGCGUGGGGCGACGCUAAAAAUGAGGUGCAGUUCCGCUUGAAAAUAAAUAAAACGAACCUGGAAAAAGGUACCGGCGGCAAGGAAAACAAAUCGAAAAAGCAGAAGGAAAAAAUCGGCCUCAUUAAUCGCAUGAUGCGCAAGGUGCUCAAGCAAGGUGAAGCCAUCCAGAAUCAUCUCUCGCAGAUCAGCCAAAAAUCAACGGAGAAACGACAGCAGGAAAAGUUCCGCAAGUACGUGCGCAAAAACUGCGGCAAGCAUCUGAUCAUGGAGAACUUUCUGCACGAUGCGGCAACGAACAAUCUGUCCGACCUUUCGGUGGACGGUGAACCGCUGGUAACGGUGUCGCACGAGCGUGAAGCUACCAAAGAUGCUAAAGUGCGUCGCAGUACAUUCCCCGGCAAGCUGCUCUUUUCCGCACGUAAAGCAUCGUCGGCCGGAGCGAGUGGCGUUGGCAAGCGCACGGAGGAAAAAGCGGGCCGUGUGCUGAAGAACGUUCUGUUCGAAUCGUCCGAUCAGCUAGCGGAUGGUGUGAAGGCAAACGAGGACGAACUGUUGCUGGUGAUUGACCACACGUCCGAUAGUGACAGUGGUAUCUUUACCAACAAUCAUGCCCACAGCCGACGGGACACGCUACCCAAGCGGCCAAACUUUGGUUCGAUGGUGGAGAUCGAUCGGUACACCAAGGAUGUGGAUGAGCUGGAUGAAUUAGCUGAAAAGGAGGAACCGGAGCUGGAGGCGGAGGCAUCCUCGAACAGUGACACCGCCAAACGUCAGCAAAAGUACCAUCGUUCCAAGCGUCGAUAUGAUUCGCUGCGCUGCCACCAUCAGAACAGAAGACGAGAGCUAGAGUAUGCCCUCUCCGAGGACGAUGGUGUGGCGUCCUCUAGCGGUGGAAGAAGAUCGGCCGAUCGUGACCAGGAGCUGAUCGAGCUGGUAAACGAUAACGAUGACGACGAAGGAGAGAACGAGGAAGACUUCACACCACCGGUAGAUGACUUCGAGUCGGAUGAGCAGUGCGAUCUGCGCAAGGGCACCUUUAACCGUACCUCGUUCCGGUUCGAUCUGAUACGGCAGGAGAUCGCGACCAAGAUGGCGGAGAUGCAGCAUCUGCUCGAACAGGAGGAAGAGUUGCUGCGGCGGCUGAAGCUGAAGAGUGCCAAAUUCCAUGCCGAGAAUCAAAUCUACCGUUCGCACAUUGGGCUAGACUUUCACGUCGAGCGGCUGCAACAGUCGAUCGAUCGCUGCGCGAAGGAGAUUAUCGACAUCGAGCAGCAGCUGCUCGAAACAAAGAUGGAAAUUGAAGAAAAGUCCCCAUUGAUCGAUAACCUACGGUCGUUGCUUGAAGCACAGGAAGCCGGCCAAUGCUACCGGCGGCAGUAUAAGCAUCAGCCAAACGAUCGACCACCGCAAGAGCAGCGGUACGGCAUGACGACACACUUCCGAACCGGUUCAGUGGGCGAAGCGGAAGCGCUGAGUGCAGACACGAGCUUCACCCAUGCACCGUCGGCGGGUUCACGCAACAGUCUCGCACAGCAAACGUCGAAGCGCAAAUCGGUAAACCCGUCCGUGAACGAGUCGGUUGAAUUUGUGGACAAUAUUUACGAGUUUUGUGAUAAUAAUCAAAGUUUUGUCGUUUGAAGUGUACCAAAACGACAAAACGGCGCCAACUGUUACUGUAGGUUUAGCAUCUGAUUGCAUAGUACGUAGUAUUUGAGUUCGGGUCUGUCCGCCAAGUGGACGGCAGGCUAGCACGAUAUAAUGAUUGCUAACGGAACGCUUAUGUACACGUGACCUUAUUUAAACGAACGAAAGUUACAUAUUUUUUUAUCUGUUAUACGACGCCCGUACCAUGCCUCCGUCCCAGAAAUCGUAUGUUAUAUUUAAUAAAUAUUUACCCAACAAAGUAACCAGAACUAGGUGCUGGGAUAUCUCUGAGAUACAAA